GCGCCUCCAGCAAACUCUGACAGGGACGCAGCAGAGCUCCAGGAUGCUUCACGUGACGGACAGACAGUCUCUGAACUUCCAGUUUGGUGCCUUCACUGUCCUGCUUUUCCACCCUGUUGUCUUCCUCGCCCUGAUACACUCAUGUACAGGUCAGUCUCAGCUGAUUGGUCCGUCUCAGCCAAUAGUGGCAUUAGUCGGUGAUGACAUCAUUUUGCCGUGUAACCUGGAGCCUGCCAUGAAUGUCUUUGACAUGUUAGUAGAGUGGGCGAGACCCGACCUGGACCCCAGGUUUGUGGUGGUGUGGCGUGACGGUGUGGAACUGGAGAGUAAAAAACAUCCGUCCUACAGAGGAAGAACAUCAGUGUUCACUGAUGAACUGAAGCACGGAAACGUUUCACUGAAACUGUCCAACGUGAGAAGAUCUGAUGAGGCAACAUACAGAUGUUUCAUUCCAGAAAUAGACAGAGACAGAGCUCUGACUGUUCAGCUGGUUGUUGGUGCCGUCUCCUCACCUGUAAUCCAGAUGACUAAAACCAUGAGUGAAGUGGUUCUACAGUGUGAGUCUGCAGGCUGGUAUCCAGAGCCUGAGGUGUUGUGGCUGGACGCUGAGGGAAACCUCCUCUCUGCUGGACCUACAGAGACACUCAGAGGUCCUGAUGACCUCUACACUGUCAGCAGCAAUGUGACUGUGGACAAGAGACACGGCAACAACUUCACCUGUAGAGUCCAUCAGAAGAACAUCAACCAGACCAGAGAGACACACGUCCUGGUUCCAGAUCAUUUCUUCAUGGUCCCCAGUACUCCCAGUACUCCUGUUACUCCCAGUACUCCCAGUACUCCUGUUACUCCUGGUAGUCAACAAGUUAUUAUUGGCUCAGUUAUAGGCUGUGCUGCUCUGGUGUUAAUUGCUGCUGCUGUCUUUGUCGUGUGGAAACAGAGACAAAAGAAAUUCAAAAACAAGAGGAGGAGCCAUGAAGACGGACCUGAGCAGACCGAGGCAGAAAAGACGGACACAUGUAGAAGUGAUAAAACAGGAUUUCAGGUCGUGGUGGAAGGAGAAGGAGAAAGGGUACCUCUUAUGGCAGGAAGCGAAGGACAGAAUAAUGUGGACAAUAGAGGAGAGGAGAAGAUCGAGUCUCACAGUGAACAUGAAGACCCACAGGUUGGAGCUGAAAGAGAAACACACCAGAACCAGCUUGUGACAAAACCAGACAUGGACAGAACAGGAGAAGGGAGGGAAUUGAAAUCUAUAAAGAAUGAAGAAGUACCUUCAAUUCCAACAGAAGGAGAAAAUCACCAAGAGCAGGACAUGACAGGUAGACAAGUAUUACGUGAUCGGGGCGAGGGUGGAGUAGAGCAGAAGAUGAAACCAGUUGAAGGGCAACUGUCAACAGUCCUGGUGGAGGCAGAAGGACCAAAAGAACAACUGCAAAAUGUCCACACUGAUCAGGAUGUACAGACCGAAGAAGAGAUACACCAAGAGCCAAUGACUGAUGAGGACAAAAAAGAGAAAAGAAAUAUGAAAGAGAAGGAGCAAGUGAAAAAGGGAGGUUCUGGAUCGAUAGGACGGAAGAAGAACCAGAGAGAUCCAUCACAACCAGAGGCAGAGAGAACGACAGUGGAGGACGAGACGAAGCUUCAAUCAGAGACGCAGAAAAGAAAAGAGACAGAGAAGGACGACAUAGAGCUCAAACCACAGAAAAGAAAUGUCAGCCAACAUCUAUUACAAGACAGAAAACAGGAGAUGAGAGAAGCAGAACAUGAGGAUCAAAAAGACAAAGGUCAGGAGGGAAACCAGAGUAACAUUCAGAGAACGACAGAAAGGAAAGCAGAGAAACAAGAGGAGAAACUGAAGGAAGAGAAGAUGGAGAAUGAGAGGAAGCUUCAGUCAGAGAGGACAGAGCUCAAAACACAGGAAGGAGGAGACAACCAGCAAGUUUUAGAUGCCAACAGACCAGAACAGACGGCUGAACAUGAGAAUAAGAAAGACAAAGAUCAGAGGGACGUAACUACAACGACAGAAAGUAAAGCAGACAAACAAGAGGAGCACAUUAACAAGAAAGCGGAGGAAACAGAGGGAAAGGGGGAUGGAAGAGAGGAUAAGCCUCCAUCAGUCAGUGGGGAAAUAACAGAGACACCAGACCUCAAAGUACAUGAAGACACAGCUGGAGGACAAAAGCAAGAGAAGGAGCUCCAGGCAGAGAAACAACAGCAAGAAACAUCUCUGAGAAAGAUGGACGAAACCAAAAAGCAGCCAAAGCAGUCCACCAAGAGGGAAUGGAUACCGUGGAAAGAAAGACGAAAACAGGGGCUGGGGAGAAAGAAAGGAGCUGACAUUACUGAAACUCCAAAGGAGGUCAAGGAGGUCAGACAGGAAGGACAGCAGCAGGCAGUGCAACAACAACUGGACGUAAAGGAAGACGGCACAGAGCAGAUACAGGACUUCUUUAAGAGUCUCUCAGAGAGAGGAGCUGAGUGUCAGGACGUACAGCAGAUGGAGAUUGAUGUAAGACCUAUAAAGAAAGCAAAAAGAAGAGGAAAACAACAACAUAUACAAGUGAAAGAGUUUCAUGUAGAUCAUCAACAGAUAGUUGGUAAGAAGAGGUCUCGGGAAGAAGACAGAGAGCCAACACAGAAGACUUUCAAACAGCUAAAAGAGUGUCCAAUAACAGAUGAACCUGAAGGAAUGGAUCAUAGUUGACAACAGGAUCAUGCAGCUUUGUGUCAGGGAGACCAACAGGAGGAGCCGAUGGAUAGCUCAGGAAACAGCUGACAUUAGGACACUCGAAGAAGAAGAAGAAGAAGAAGAAGAAGCACCACAUCCACACAGUGCAGCUGUUGACAACCAGUGAAUAACUGAACUCUGUGCGGCUAAUUUAUCUCUGUUCAUUCAGGUCUUCUGAGACAAAGGGGGACCAAAAGUGGGAACAGUACAGAACGGUUCUCUUGGUACCAUCCACAAGUUUUCACAGUGGAAACGGAAAAAAUUUUCACCGAACUGAAAUAAACUAUACCACACUGCUUGGUGGAAACAGGGCUCUGGACAACAGUGUCCGUCUGUUGGACCGACAAAUGUCAAUAAGCACUAGAUGGAUAGCCAUUUUGCAAAAAACACAUCUUGUAUGUUCAUGUUCCUCAGAGGAGGAAUCCUAUUGACUUUGGCUCUUACGCCACCAUGAGGUUCACAUUUGUGAUAUGAAUUGAUAUAUCUCAACAACUAUUGGAUGGAUUGUGAUCAAAUGUGGUUCAUCCUUCAUGUUCCCCUCAAAAUUAAUCGUAAUGACCUGGGUGAGUUUUAAUCUAGCACCAUCAUCAGCAGAACGGCACAUUGCAAGUAGUUGUCUGUUGCAACUCAUCUCGUCGCCCGUCUUCAGUCUGAACUGGUCUUUAGCUGGUGGCAAAGGUCAUCGCUUCACAGUAUGAUUUGCAGGAAGUGGUGACAGUGUUAUGCAUUUUUCGUCACUGCUGCAAAUCAAUGUAGUGGACAAGAGAACUGUGUUUAAUUAUGAACUGUAAUAUGUGGCUGAUUCCUGAUCCAGUUAAUACGUUCAGCACCUGUGCAGAUACUGAUCCAAUUAAUCAGGUCAAACAAAACAUCAGAUUUAUUCUAUCAUUGUACAGGUGCAGAAAAAAAGCCUGAGAAAAAUUUAAAUGUGUGAAACUGUAAAUGCAGACUGUUAGAAACAUUUUGGAUCAAUAUUAGUGUAAUAUAGUGUUCUCUGUUUGAAUAUGUUUUUAUAUUGUGUUGUGAUGUCGUCCUCCUGCAUGAGAGUGUACAGAGGGCUCUGUCUUCUAUCGUAGAUUAGACCAUGAAUUAUGGUUGGAAAUUCAUACUUGUGUCCAAAGUAAAGGCAGAACUGAAUUCAUUGUAAAUAAAUGUUUCUUGUUUAUUUAGAUUUUCUUUUGGUUCUGGAGCAGCACAGAUUUUUUUAAUUCAAAGACAAGGUGAAAUCAGAAGCAGGCUGUAAAGUUUAUAAACUUUAUUUUUCCUCACAGUUACAGCUCUCCCUGCUGUGAUUACACAUUUUUAGUCACUUCACCCUCUGAUUUUAUCUUUUAGCACUCUCUCUGUAACGCACUUUUGUAGAUCAUGCACUUCUAUUCCUACAAUUAAAAAUAAACUCUUGUCCAGGCUGAACUAAAUCAGAGUAACGAGACAGGUUCAUUAAUGUAUUUCAUAACACCAACACUCAGAGAAAUGUUACUGAUGCAGCUGUAACUGUUCAGACACUAAGUGCCCUCCUGUCUCUGACAAGCCUGUGGUUUCAGAUUGAGCCACCAGGUGGCGCUGAUGAGGUGAACGUGAGCUGAUGAGCGUUAAACCACAGCAGAGGUCCACAGGCUGUUAUUAUGGAAACACAGAGGACAUUUAUAGAGACGUGUGUGUGGAGCUGCUCCUGUGUUUGUCUCCCUCACACACUCAGUGUUAUGUAACUCUGUGUGUGACGUCAAAUGUCUCAUUCUGGAGGAUGAACCCAACCUCUGGACCCUGGAUCUAAUAUUUAGAUAUUAAUACAGUCAAAUUUAUACAUUAUCAAACAUAUAGCAACUGUAACUAGGAUUAAAACAACAGUUUCCUUUCAUAAAA